UACAACAAAACCAACCCAUCCACAAAAAUCACAAACACAUCCAUGGAAUUCAACACAACACAUCUCUAACUCCUUCCUUGUAUGGUCCCUACGAUUCACACCCCAUCAAAAUCCCAACUUUGCUUCAAAAAUCACAGUUUCAGGAACAGCCUCUUCAAAUUUUGAUCUUAAUCCCUUCAAAUUCACACCCUACAGAUACUUUCAGCUUUUCUCGCAAUUGGGUUUUCUAAAAAUCUUAUUUUUUUUGCUUCUGCGUUUCUGAAAGCCAUGAAUUUCAGGAGCAUGGAAGAUUUCUGGGCUUUUUAUAUGACCCAGCAUUCAAAACCAUCCACUAGGCGUUGGCACUUUGUGGGCACGCUGUUCAGUAUUUUCUUCUUGCUCUGUUCAGUUAUCUUCAGUUGGUGGUUUUUGUUCUUUGUGCCUUUUUCUGGGUAUGGAUGUGCCUGGUACAGUCAUUUCUUUGUUGAAGGGAAUGCUCCAGCAACUUUUGGGCACCCCUUAUGGUCACUCUUGUGUGAUUACAAGAUGUUUGGGUUGAUGCUUACUGGGCAAAUGGAUAGAGAGAUCAAGAGGCUUGGGAAAAGACCUGUGCUGCAAGUGUUCUGAUUUCCAUGUUAGCUUGGUCCCUGUUGUUUGAGGUUUGUGAAUAUAUGAUUUUGAAUUUUGAAGUGUUUCAGACCAACACCGGUACUGGAAAUAUUGUAGUGCAGAGAUGCAUUCAUUCAAAGUCGUCAGCGAGGAUGAUGGUGUUUUGUGGAGAUGGCUGUGUGAUGUUCAAAAAUAAAUAAUAUGAUAUGAAGUGUACAUGACACCAUUGAGUUGGACUUCACUGAUCUGGGAUGCCAUAUUUAGUUGUGAUAUCUUGGUCUAUAUGUAUAUUGAAAGUUGAAACAUUUGUUGCUACUUGCUACCAAUUAUUACGUCUCAGUUCAAUAAAAACUACCAAUU